AUGAAACUAUUCACUCUUUCUAAAUCUUUGGUAGAAAGAAACUUCAACUAAAUAGCUCUAACUAUUCUUCUUGUUUUGUGUUUCUAAGGAAUCAGAGCUUAGACAACGAAAACACUAAAAGAAUUCUUGGACUAAGAUGCAUGUUAGAUUAAUUAUGGAUCAGCUCUUUCAGCUUAAAUUGCUUCUUUUUCUUAAAAAUUUUACAGUUGCAGCUACCUUAAUGAAAACAUUGAGGAUUAUGAAAAAAAAUUAUCUUCUUUAAGCGAGAAAUAAUUGAAUGUUUAUGAAGUUUAUAAAGCAUUUCAAUCAACUUCUAAAAGGCUUAAGCUAUAGUAUGGAAAAUCUAACUUACCAGAAUACUUUUUAUACAAACAAUUCACCCUUAGAGACUCCUCCUGUGGUGAUCGUAAUAUUGUUGAAAAACUGGGAAACAGCUUUAAUGAUUGUAAUUUUUGUGUAUAAACUGCCUAUUGCGACAAAAAUUAAGAAGAAUAAAAUGAAAAUACUAAUUUCAUCGGUCCAUUGUAAGUGUAUCCCCCCCAUAAAACCUUUAUUGAAGCAUUCUAAAUUCUAUGGAAUUGCAAUAACCCUAAUAAUUAAGUUGAAGUAACAGGAAAAUACGAUGAAAAUACUGAAAAAUAACUUUUGUAAACAAAUGCAAAUGGAUUUGAUAAAGUAUGUCUGAUGUGCGAAGUUGAAAAUUGUGAUUUUUGCUCAAGAAACUAUUCUGAAUGCCUUGAAUCAAAUAGCGAUUCUAUUACUUGUGAGGUAUGCCAAAAAGGGUUUUAUUUACUAGAAGGCGAGUGCGUAGAAAAAUGUCCUCCUGAUUACAAAUAAACAUAAACUAAAUGUAUUAAGUGCAAUCCAGGUACUUUUCUUUAAGGAGAAAUAUGCGUUGAAUGCCCUAAAUUCUGUAAAUUAUGCACGGGCCCUGAUUCUUCUGAAGGAUUUAAUUUAAAUAUCGCUUGUGAUGAAUGUCAAAAAGGGUUCUAUUUACUAGAAGGUGAGUGUGUAGAAAAAUGUCCUCCUGAUUACAAAAAUUCAUAAACUAAAUGUAUUAAGUGCAAGCCAGGUACUUUUCUUUAAGGAGAAACAUGUGUUGAAUGCUCUAAAUUCUGUAAAUUAUGCACAGGCCCUGAUACUUCUGAAUGUUAAUAAUGCUCUGAAGGAUUUGAUUUCAAUAAACUAAAUGAAUGUGUGCUCAAUGAUUUCGAUUUGAAUCCUUCUUUCAAGCCUAAGAAAUUUAUAGAUCCAAGAACAAAUACUGAAAAAGAAUGCAAUUUCUCAUGUGAUGAAUGUGUUGACUCCUCUGAUCUUUGUACAAAAUGUAACCCUGAAUUGAAUUACUAUGUAAAAGAAGGAGAUAGGUUAAGAUGCUAUAAUAGAUGUCCUCUUUACUUUGAACCUAGAUAGUCAACUUAAGAUCCAUUAAAUAAGUAUAUAGAGUGUGUGAAGAGUGAAAGAUAUACAUCAGAUCUUGAAGAAGCAGAUAAAAUAAGAAACGAGGCUAAAAACAGAUGCCCUAAAUAGCAAUACUGGGAUAUAUAGAGUAAAUAAUGCUACAAAUGCACUAAUAAUUGUAUCUCUUGCAACAAUGAAACUUCUUGCAUUGAAUGCGAACCUGAUUAUUACUGGAAUGAUAAUCGCUAAACAUGCUCUCCAUGUCACCCAUCUUGUAAAAAAUGCACAGGUCCACUCUCUAAAGACUGUUUGUUAUGUGCUAAUGUAGAUAAAUUAUUUCCCAAUUAAAAUGGAAUUUGUGAAGAAAAUGUUACUGACAUUUUACCAUAGUAAAAAAUUCUCACUCAAAAUGAAAUUUAUGGAAAUUUGUAAGUUUGCAAGUAAUUCUUAAAUACUUAGCAAAACUAUUCAGUAGAAUUUUCAUAAAAAUAUUCAAUCAAUGAUAGCAAAUGGGAAAGCAUUAAAAUGAUGUCUAAAAAUUCAUGCACAUUCUUAGAAUUUUAAAAUCGUUACAAGUAUUUUGAAAAAAACAAAUAAAAUUGUGAGGACAAAGAAAUAUCUUAAUCCACUGUUGGGAAAAAUGGAGAUUUAGUUGCUAUUUACUCAAUACUCUUAUCAUAAUCAAGAGCCUAAAUUUCUUCAAAUGAGGUUAAUCCUUAAACAUUAGUGGAAUAUGCGAUUAGCAAAAACUUCUUUAGUUCUAGCUAUCUUUUUUACCCAACUCCAACUUUCGCUUGCAGUAAUCUUUAAUGCGUUUCUCAAUUAGAUAGUUUGCUAUAUGGCUUUUCUUCAAAUGACAAUUCAAAGGACAUAACUAUAAAAAUAGUAAAAGAAAUAGUUCUUACCUCUGAAAAGCAAACUUCAUUAAAUUGCUUAAAUAAUGGCUAACAAGUUAACUAAAACACUGUUGAAGAAAUUGAACAUAUUGUUAAUAGUUCCUAAUACACAUUAAAUACUGGUUCAAAGCAAUAUUUUAUAUUAUAUGCAUGUGGAAAAAGCUAACAAGGUAGCUUUGCUUCAAAACCUUUACUUGUGUAAAAAUAUUUAGGAAAUGGUUUCUUUGAGGUGAUAAAUGUAAGUAACCCAUUGCCUUCUUAAGUUGAAGUAAUAAGUUUAUAUGGAGCUUCAAAUGAGUAAAAUGAUUACUUAAAAAAAUGUGAUUCUAAGUUAUCAAACUCCUUAAGUUCAUAUUAAAUUUAAAAAGUGAGUAUAGUCUAAGUUGUUGAAUAAGAUCCAAACGCCGACAAAUCAGAAUUGAUGUUCUAGCAAUAUAACAAUAAAGUUGAAGCCUCAGAUAUGGAUCCUGCUAAGUGCUCUUGCGUUGAGACAAAAGACUAUAUUCUUGCAAACGAAAACUAAGGCAAUCAAUUUAUAACAGUUAUUACUCCUCAAAAUAAGAUUUUAACUGAAUCAAUUAAUGUCUAAGGUAUCAACCAUAUUUUAAAGAAACAUAACAUAGAUGCAGGUAUUAUGAAGGCAAAUCGUCUAUCAAUAACUAAAAUAGAAGCUGAUUAAUUUUUCUAUGAAUACAUUCAAGAAACUGUUGAAAGUGCAAAAAAAUGCUAUGAAAUUAGCAAAUCAACUCCUUUAUGCAUGAUAAAUGUUUUGGCAGAUCUAUUAUUCUCUAAUAAUCAACAGUGUUUGUUUUCUCAAUAAAUAAAAAGCAUGGUUAAGAAUUCCGAUUUUAGAGGACUAAAUGAUUUUAUUAAAAAAUAAAGUUGGUGCAAUCUUCAUUAAGAAAGAUGUUUAAAAGCUCAAUAAACCAUGAAAAGUUGUAUUUGA